AUGGCACAUGACGAGCUCUUCGCUGGUCCUGUCGCCGAAUCCCUUCCUACAUCCGUCUCUGCCUUCAAUCACCGUCGAACGCGUGCAGAUUCAACAACCAGCUUCUCUUUCUACCAAGACGAAGACGAACCAGAGGAACCUGAAGAGCCUUUUGCGCCUAGUGAUGGGCGACCAUCCAUAGACGAUCUCGAGGAACUACCUUUUGAAGACGACUUCGGAGAACUGGACGAUUCCGCCGACCUGGAGCCCAACGCCGCCUAUGGUGACCACACCUUCCUCCGCAGAAUGUCGACGCAAUCGAGGGACUCCGUUCACCACAGACUCCUUCGACGCGACAGCGGUGUGUCAGCUGGCAGCGGCUACAUCGCCAACCGCCAUAACCAGAAGCUGUACAUGGAGAACGAGGACCUUUACAUCGCCAUUGCGGGUUUUCGGACCAGCCGCUUCGGAUUUGUCAUCUACUGCCUGCUGUGUCUCGUGACCGGUGGCGUGGCUUGGCUCUUGUUCCGCUGGUUGCCUAGAUGGCAUGUCAAGUUGAUCGGCAAGACGGCACCCCUACGCGACUGCCAAUGGGUGGUCGUCGAGAAUCAGUGGAAUGAGAUGGCGAUAGUGGAUGUCAACUCACGUCCGUACGGGAGGUCAUUGUCGACCGUCUUCGGAUCCCCUACGAAAAAGGGGUCAUACGCCAUGGGAGAGGAACAUGAUCCCAUCAUCCGGGAUCUUCGAAUGAUCGACUACCGAUAUGUCAGACUUUUCUUCCAUCCCGUCAAGGACAAGUUAAUGCUAUGUACCGGAUGGAAGGAUCCCCUCUGGUUAAACAUUCGAGAAAUACGUGCCGGUAUCGACAGCGAGGAAAAGACGCACCGCGAUGUUGUCUUUGGCGAUAACCUUAUUGAUAUCGAGCAAAAGUCGUGGUUCCGGCUCCUGGUGGAUGAGGUGUUUCACCCCUUCUACGUUUUCCAAAUCGCCAGUCUCAUCCUGUGGUCCCUUGACGAGUAUUACUAUUACGCCAUCGCAAUCUUCGUCAUAUCUGUGGGUAGUAUCACGACAAAUCUGAUCGAGACUAAAUCUGAAAAUGGGGAUGGAGAAGCUGUAGCGCUCGCCAUGGUCGUCCGGACAGGUUUCAACACAACUAAAGGCGCCUUGGUCCGCUCCAUGCUUUUCCCCAAGCCCUCUGGCUUCAAGUUUUACAGGGACUCGUUUCGAUACAUUUCAGUCAUGGCGUGCGUGGCGUUGCUCGGGUUUACCGCGUCACUGAUCAACUUCAUCAGACUCGGGCUAGAGUGGCAUCUGAUUAUCAUCCGCGCCCUCGACCUCAUCACCAUUGUGGUUCCUCCCGCUUUGCCGGCGACCCUGACUAUCGGUACCACUUUCGCCCUUAGGCGGCUCAAAGCGAAGCAGAUAUUUUGCAUCAGCCCGCAGAGGGUAAAUGUGGGGGGAAAGCUCGACCUGAUGUGCUUCGAUAAGACUGGGACCCUAACAGAAGAGGGGCUUGAUAUUCUUGGAGUGCGCGUUGUUUCGCGGGCUGAGAAUCGGUUUACCAGUCUCCUAACCGGUCCCCACGACCUCGCCUUAGAUAACAGCGAAUCUUCGGGGGACAUGGACCAUACUGACACGCGAAUGGCGGCGUUGCACACGAUGGCAACCUGUCACUCACUGCGUAUCGUAGACAAUGAGCCAGUCGGAGACCCGCUUGACCUCAAAAUGUUCGAAUUUACGGGAUGGUCGUAUGAUGAAGGCAACAUGGGAGGCGGCAAUGCCGACGACGAAGAGCAAAGCAGCCUUCAGCCCGCAGUAGCCAGGCCACCAACAGGGCCUAAACAUCAAACAAACGGCGUGGGUCAGGACUUAAGCCAAAACGUUCCUCUUGAGCUCGGCAUCCUUAACUCUUUCGAAUUCGUCUCCGAACUGCGGCGGGCCAGCGUUAUUGUCAGGGCCUUUGGUCGCCCGAGCGGAGAUGUUUAUGUCAAGGGAGCACCGGAGAGCAUGCGUGGCAUCUGUCGACCGGAAACAUUCCCUGCCGACUACGAGGACCUCCUAUCCCAGUAUACGCAUAAGGGUUACCGGGUGAUCGCAUGCGCAACCAAGCACAUCAAGAAGCUAAGCUGGGUCAAAGCCCAAAAGAUGAAACGGGACGUUGUCGAGUCCGAUCUCGAUCUCGUUGGCUUCAUCAUUUUCGAAAACAAGCUGAAACCCACGACGGCUAAUGUCCUCAAGGAGCUUGCCGACUCUAACAUCGGGACCGUCAUGGUGACCGGCGAUAAUAUUCUAACCGCCAUUAGCGUGGCAAGGGAGUGCGGCAUGAUCAACAAGACGGCCCACUGUUAUAUUCCUCGUUUCCUCACUGGGGACGCGAGGGACCCCAACGCCAGCCUGCAGUGGGAAAGUGUCGACAACCAAGCUUAUCAGUUGAACGCCAAAACCCUAAUCCCCCUGCCGGCUCCUGUGGAGUCGGAUGCUUCACUGCCGUACGACAUUUCCAACAUACGCAACUACUCGAUUGCUGUCAGCGGCGACGUCUUCCGCUGGGUUGUUGACCAUGCGCCACCGGAAGUGUUGCGGAAGAUGCUCGUUACAGGCAAGGUCUUUGCCCGUAUGUCUCCUGACGAGAAGCACGAGCUCGUCGAGAAGCUGCAAAGCAUCGAUUAUUCGUGCGGCUUCUGUGGCGAUGGUGCGAACGAUUGUGGUGCGCUCAAAGCUGCCGACGUGGGCAUUUCGCUUUCGGAGGCCGAGGCAUCUGUUGCCGCUCCUUUUACGUCUCGAGUGUUCGACAUCCGUUGCGUGCCCGAGGUGAUCCGGGAGGGCCGAGCGGCACUAGUUACCAGCUUCAGCUGCUUCAAGUACAUGAGCCUGUACUCGGCUAUCCAGUUUACCUCGGUCAGCUUCCUCUACGCCUCGGCCUCGAACCUCGGCGAUUUCCAGUUUCUGUUCAUCGACUUGGCCCUCAUCCUACCCAUCGCCGUGUUUAUGAGCUGGGCGGGCCCGUUCCCGGAACUCUGCCGCAAGAAGCCGACGGCAGACUUGGUCUCACGCAAGGUGCUCAUCCCGUUGUUGGGCCAGAUCUCCAUCUGCAUUGCGAUUCAGGCGCUGGUGUUUGUCGCCGUCCGCAAGCAACCGUGGUUCAUUCCGCCCAUCAUUGACCAUGAUCACUCGCACAUCGAAAACUCGGAAAACACCGCGCUGUUCCUGAUUUCAUGUUUUGAGUACAUUCUGUCUGGGGUUGUACUCAACGCUGGCCGGCCAUUCAGACGCUCUGCGUUGCAUAACUGGCCAUUCGUGGCAACCAUUGCCACCACUCUUUGCAUGACGUUGGUGAUGGUGCUAUAUCCACCAGCGUGGCUGUUCAAAAUCAUGCAAUUUACAUAUCUACGCUGA